GCGCGUGAAUAAAAGUGAAAUAAUCAUUUAAUAAGUAAGUGCCACAGUGAAUAUUGUGCUAGAUGUGCUAAAUACUUAAGUAAAUACAGCCGAAAUACUUGCAAGCUAACGGAUAUAUACAAAUAACGGCAUUGGAAUUAGCAACGGCAACAUGUUGCUGCCGUCGCUAAUGUGUUUGCUGCUGCUGCUCUUUGGCCGCUUGGCCGGGGCACAGCUGCUGAAUCAUCCGCCACAUUUUGUGCCCGGCUCGGGCGACAUGUCCCGCUUCAGCCUGUCGGAGCACACGCCAGUGGGCAGUCCAGUCUAUCAACUGAAAGGCAUCGACCCGGAGGGUGGACGACUUAAGUACAGCAUAUCUGGGCCAGUUUUCUCGGUGGAUCGGGAGACGGGCGUGGUGCGACUGCGUCAGGAACUGGAUCGCGAGACACAAGAUACCGUUGAGGUGAUCAUCAGCAUCACCGAUGAGGGCAUCUACGGCACAGAGCCGAACACAGUGUCCCAGCGUCGGGAAAUUCCGGUGCGCGACUACAACGAUAAUCAGCCCACAUUUUACGGACGUCCCUAUACGGCCAGCGUUAGCGAGUCGCUGCCCGUGGGCUCGGAGCUAACAGUGGAGCCAGCAAUCAUAGUUGUGGAUCGUGAUGACGGAUUGAAUGCGGAGGUGCAGAUCAAAUGUGUGCAGGAGAACGACAUAUGCGACAUCUUUGAGGUGCGAGCCGUCAAGUUGAGCGAUGGCAACUUCACCGCGAGGGUUGCCUUGAAGCAACCUCUAGAUUUCGAAAGCCGUCCCUCCUAUAUCAUGACGAUUUCCGCCUCAGACGGUGCUAUAGAGAACCGUCUCACCUCCUUUGCCACUAUUUCCAUUAAUGUCAUCGACGUACAGGAUCAGGCGCCAGUUUUCACCAACGCACCUUACUCUGCAACUGUGGCAGAGAAUACACCAGCCGGUGUGAGCAUAUUGACUGUCAAGGCCAUCGAUGGCGAUGUGGGCAUUCCCAGGGAGAUCUUCCUCUCGUUGGAGGAUGAACCUUUUGGACACUUCGAACUGGUGCCCUUUGGCGAUGCCAAGGAAGGCACAGCUAUACUUCAGACUACAAGUGAGCCGUUGGAUCGCGAGAAUCCCGACAUACUUCAAAAUGGCGGCGUCUAUGUCUUUUCCAUUAGAGCGACAGAGCUCAUAGACGGUGCCAUACCCGCUGAGCACUCGGUUACACGAGUGACCAUCGUUGUCACCGAUGUCGACGAUCACAGGCCAGAGUUCAGUGCCUCGCACUUCAACAUUUCAAUUGCCGAGAAUCUUGCGAAUGGCAUGCCUUUGCCAGGUCUCUCAAUUUUCGUGGAUGAUCGUGAUAUGGGCGAGAAUAGUCGCUAUCAGCUCAAGCUGCAGGACGUCUCCAAGGCAGCUGGCGUAUUCGCUGUAUCGCCAACUGAGGCACAGGGAAGAACACCUGUUGUGGUCAAAGUGCUGAAUGCCAGCCAGCUGGACUAUGAUAAUCCUGCGCAGCGCACGUUCGAAUUCGACUUGGUGGCCACGACGCAUGGCGUGGAGCAGGCAAAGGCACGUGUGGAGGUCCAUCUCUUGGAUGCCAAUGAUAAUGCUCCAGUGUUUCGGCAGCAAACCUAUCGCUUUACAGCGCCCGAGAACCUAACUAUCGACUCCCUGGUGGGCAUAGUAAAUGCCAGCGAUGCAGAUUCAGCCGAGUUUGGUCACGUGCAAUAUGUACUCAAGGGCUUCGGAGCCGACAACUUCUAUAUUAAUCCAGAGACCGGCGGCAUUUAUCUGCUGAGAGCCCUGGACUAUGAGAAACAAAGCACGUAUAGCCUGACUGUGGUCGCUGUCGAUGGCGGCGGUCGCGAAUCGAACGCAAAUCUCUAUGUGGACGUACUCGAUGUCAACGACAAUCAUCCGCGUUUCGAGAGCACCGAGUACAGUCGAACCAUUCGAGAGGGCGCCUCCAUUUUUGAGCCACAGUUCUUUGUGCGCGCUCACGAUGCCGAUGGUCCCAGCCAGGGCAACGGCAGGGUGAAGUACGCCAUAGUCUCGGAGAACAGCAUAGCUGGUAAUGUCUUCCGCAUAGAGCCCGAAACAGGCGAAAUAACGCUGCAGAAGGCAGCCCGGUCCAUGGAUACGGAACGUGGCGAGUAUGAGCUGGUUGUGUCUGCCACAGACUUUGGCAUUCCCCCACUCACUAAUACUACGCGGGUGCUGAUACGCGUUGGCAUCUCUGGCAAUCAGCGGCCCAUUUUCAAGGGUCACUUCCAAAAUGUCGAGAAUUUGCCAGUGAUUGGUCCGCCCAGUUAUCGUGUGUCCAUACCAGAGAAUGCCGCUCCAGGCUAUAAUGUGACAACAGUCUCUGCGCAUGAUCCUGAUGGUCUGGACAGCCUGCUCAGGUAUCGCAUUGUGGGUGCCAAUGAUAACUUCCAAAUCAAUGAGUUCUCCGGCCUGAUCACUGUGUCGCCUCAAGCUCGCAUUGAUCGCGACUUGAACAUGAAUAGCUUUGAGAUAAUUGUGAAUGCUGUGGACUCUGGCACACCCAUACCGGAAACAGCAACCACCACGGUCUAUGUGAAUGUCAAGGACAUCAACGAUGAGAAGCCCAAGUUCGAGCAGAAUAGCUAUGCUGCCUAUGUCUCGGAGCGCACAGUUGUUGGCGAAAGCGUCCUGCGUGUCAAGGCAAUUGACAAGGAUCUGAAUUCACGUCUGGAGUACAGUUUGCAGGGACCAGUUCAAGCUACCACCAAGGCGGGCGUCAGCAUUGCCAAUCGCAGCAAUUAUCCCGUGCAAGAGGCCUUCCGUGUGGACAAAGAGAGCGGCGAGAUCUUUGUGAACAGCAGCCUGCGACACGAUGUGGCUGCCAUUAUCAUCUUUACCGUGGCUGUGCGAGAUUUGAACGCUGAAGUGGAUCCGGAGAAGCAGGUGGACACCACUGAAGUAACGGUGUAUGUGCAGUCCUUCAAGGACAAGGACCCAGUAUUUAAGAAUCCCGGCUGGAGUAGCUCCCGUCCCGUAGUCAACAUCAAGAUCAAAGAAGAAAUGCCCAUAGAUAGCGCGCUGUUCAUACUGCAAGCCGAGGAUCCGGUAACCGAGCAGCCAAUAACCAGCUUUGAGCUAGUCACACCCAAGGAGCUGGAAUAUUUCCACAUCUCUGAGCGCACUGGUGAGGUGAUUUUAAAGAAACGCCUGGACUACGAAGAGCUGGCAGGAUCAGGCAGCGCCGAGUUCGAGCUGCAGGUGCGUGCGAAUAGCGCCGAUCGUCAGCGAAGCACCAUCAGCAGGGUGAAUAUCACAGUCGAGAAUGUGAACGACAACAGUCCGACCUUUGACCAAAGCUCCUAUCAGGCCACCAUUAUUGAGAACAAGGGCUAUCCGGAGCCCGUGCUGCAGGUGAAGGCGCAGGAUAAGGAUGCUGCGCUCAACGCACGGGAUGAACGCUUGGGUUAUCACAAGAUCAUCUACUCACUGCAAGGCGAAUAUGCAAUGCUCUUCGAGAUCAACAAUCUGACUGGCCAGAUCAUUGUGGCUCGCAAUCAAACCAUUGAUCGGGAGCGCACGCCCUCCAUUCGACUGCAAGUGAAGGCGGAAGACUCGCCGGGCAAACCAACCGAUGCCAAGCAAAGCGUUGCGGAGCUGCUGAUCGACGUGCUGGAUGUCAAUGACAAUGCACCCGAGUUCACCAAGAAAGCUUACAGCACUGUCAUACCAGAGAACGCCCUGAAGAUGGAGAGUGUCCUGCAACUGGAAGCGACCGAUGCCGAUGAAGGCCCUGGCGGCGAAGUACGCUACGAGCUGGUUAACGAAGGCGACGCCAAUGGAUUGUUUAGCAUCAAUGCGCAGAGCGGACUUCUGACGACACGUCGCAAUCUGACGGGCAAGGGACGUGCAGAGGCUUACGUGUUGAUUGUGCGCGCCCAGGACAAUGGCAACCAGGUGCCCAAGCAGUCCAGCCUGUCCACAGAUGCCGAAGUGCGCAUAUUUAUAGGCGAUGUAAGCGCCAACGAUGGUGUGCCAUACUUUGUGGCGCCACGAGUGGGUCAAAUGGCAAAUGUGACUGAGAACGCGGCAGUUGGCGCUCCAGUCUUUCAAGUGAUUGCCAGGGAUCCCGACGAUGACAGCACGCCCUCCGGCACCAUCACUUAUCGCAUACUGCCCGAUACGCCAGAUGCUGAGUCCUUUGCCAUAGACACACACACGGGACUGAUAACGACACGUCAGGAAUUGGACCGGGAGGAGAAAUCUAUGUACAAGGUGCUGCUGGAGGUCAGCGACAAUGGACAGCCAAAGCAGUCGGUCACGCGUAUCCUAAAGAUUGAAGUGCUCGACAUGGAUGAUCAUGUGCCCCGAUUUGCCAGGGAGAUUGACGCUGGUCCGAUACCCAUGGCCGUGCGAGAGGAGCAGCCAGCCGGCACCAUUGUGGGCAACUUCAGUGCCAUUGACGAGGACAUCGGCGAAAAUGCUGCCAUUGACUAUGCCAUCAUCGAGGGCAACAACGAGCAGCUCUUCACCAUCGAGCGCAAUAACAACAGCUUGGCCAUAUUGAAGACCAGUCAGCCCAUUGAUCGGGAGCAGGUUGAGUCCUUUACGCUGACUAUCAAGUGCUUGAAGUUGGGCGAGCCCGCGUACAAGUAUAUUGGCGACGUCUAUGACCGCCAGGAUCCCUCGCAUCUGCGCAUUACUGUUAAGAUUCUCGAUAUUGACGACAAUUUGCCCAAGUUCGAGAAUCCAGACUCCACGGUGGGCAUUCGCAUCAAUGUGCCCAUUGACACGGUGAUAACCACGCUGCGUGCCACUGAUGCAGAUGCCGAGGCAGCGCCCAUAGCGCUCUCCAUUAAGAAUGUGACAUUUGUGCCGCAGUUCUACAAGCGCAGCCGCCAGCUGGCCACGGGCAAUCUGCAAACGUUGUUCACGCUCAACAAUCGCACAGGUGAGCUGCGCACGGGCGGCUCCUUUGCCGACUAUGUGGAUGGGUAUUUCCAGAUGCGUGUGUGCGCCAAUAACUCGGCCAAGGCCAAGAGGCAGACGUACAGCAACAUCAAAGUGUUCGUCAUACGCGAUAAGUCGCUGCUGAAGUUUGUCUUCGCACGACCUCCGAAUGAGAUACAGCACAAUAUACGGCCCUUCCAGGAGCAGCUGCAGAAGAAGUUGAAGCCGCUUGGCCUGGAGCUGCAUGUGUUGGACACGCAGGUGUUUACGCGGGCGGACAUGAGUCUGGACUUUACGGCAACCAGCUCGUGCUUCCAGAUGUUCCGCAACGGCGCCGCAUUAUCGCUGAGCGAAAUGCAAAAGCUGAUGAACUCCAAGGAGCUGCGACACGAGCUCAUCGACAUCUAUGCGGCGUAUGGCGUGAGUGAUCUGGAGUCCUGUUCGGUGCGACGCACUCAUACGGCGGCUCUCUUUGGCAAUCUGCUAAUGUCGGCGGGCGCCUGGCUGGUCAUACUGGCGGCGCUCAUAGGCAUCGCAGCGCUUGUCUCGCUCUGCACGGCCUGCUGCCUGAGAAAGAAAUUCAAGCGUUACAGCAAGCGUAGCUUGCAGGCAAGUCUUCGCACACCAACGGAGCAUACGCCCACCUCGUAUAGCUAUUCAAUGCCCGCCGUGCUCUACUCGGAGCCCAUCUAUGGACCCUUGUAGCCCCCACUCAUAUUCUGCACGCUCAGCCGGAGCAGCCAAUGGCAAUGCUGAAGAACUCAAUUCUAGUAAAUUAGUGCUCAAGACUCAAGACCCAAGCCGCAGCCAGAGCUCAGAGCGGCUUGGGAAGAGCGGGUCAAAACAGUCCAUACAUAAGCAUUAGCAUACUGUGCAUGUGAUCUAGUAUGUACAUAAUAUACAACUAUGUAUAGAGUAUAGAGUACGUCUGUGUAAUAUUUAAUUCUGUAUAAAGUCCAAACGAAACUUUUAGCCCUAAGUUCUCCUAUAAAAUAGUAAAGCGAAUCGCAAGUCAUUUUAUUUUUAUAUGUGUCAUCUGCAGUAGAGAUUUUUGC